UCUCAACGCUUUACAUCAGUGCUAAGCUGACAGCUGCUAGCAUGCAGCGGGGUUGGUGCGGCACUGGUGGGGGGUGCUUGGAGGGGACAAAGGCUAGGCGUAGUGCACGUAGCAGGUGCCACACUGGGGUUGAUGGCGGUGGUAUGCGUUGUCUGGGCAGACGUAGAAGGCGCACCAACAGAUGGCAAAAACCAGCUGGUUGGAGACAUGCUUUGCCUAGGAGGAUCUCUUUUGUAUGCAUUUGUAACGGUGCUACAAGAAAUAAUGCUACAAACACAUUCAUGUUCACAAUACCUAGCCAUGCUGGGACUGAUCGGAGGAGUUGUCUCAACUUCACAGACUUUCUUUCUGGAAUUUAACGAGCUCAGUUCAUUUUACUGGUAUGAAUUGGAGACAAUAGUUCAGUUUGGAAGCUAUUGCGGUGUUCAGAUAAUCUUCCAAAUACUACAGAGCCUUCUGUUGAGAGACGCUGGGGCCAUUAUAUUACACCUGUCAUUUUUAUCUGCCGAUUAUUUCACAUUGAUUGCUGGAAUGUUUCUAUUUCAAUUUAAGUUCCACGGCCUCUACUUCCUGUCAUACAUGUUGGCUAUGAUCGGUGUAUUCCUGUUCUGUUCGCGACCCACACAGAGACCAGCUAUCGCGGUCUUACCGCAGCUUGUCAAUGACUCUGUUCAGCAGCAAGACAAUGUCUCCAUGGAGUACAAUAUAGUACCAACAUUGGACUGCAUUCCAUUAUCUGAAGGACUGGAGCCGCCAAUGAGUCGAGACACAACAUUUACAUCAUUCCUGGGAGGAUCGCACCCAGUGGCCAAUGGAACUGUGAUGGGACAGAAUCACCAAAACACAACUAAGGACAUAUAAAUUGAAACUUUAAAACAUUGUUUGAUAAGUUAUGGAGUUAAUUGUUUGGUAAACAUUUCUGUUUGAAUCUUUCAAGUACCCUUUUUUGAUGCUAUCUUUCCUGAUGUUUGUCUCCAGUGAACUCCUAAAAAAAUGAACGGAUUUUAAUGGGGAUUACUUCAUGGAGAGCAUUUCAAUCCAACUUGAGAGAUAGGAUAUUUUUUAUUUCGAUUUGCGACCCAUAAUUAUUUAUAUUUCCAAUUGUUGUUUUGUAUGGCCAUAUUUUCUGAGAGAGAAUUUAUUGACGCACGGUUUGACAGUUCUGCUGUAAAACAAUUUUAUUAUAACAACAGGGAGCAUGUUCUACGAAAUAAUACAGAACAACGUCUGUCGGGUCAGCUAGUAUUUUAUAAAUUUAUUUAAUUGAGCUAUAUACUAGAAGCAUUAAGGAACCAGUUAUCAGGGGAUAUGAAUUAACUGGGUGCCCUUCAUCCCUUGAGGACAUAGCCGCGAUAAAUAUAUCGCCCGUAGUGAUUUAAUAUUAAUCGGAACGGCAGACGUGAAACGACGCGUAAACGGUGUUCUGCAGCAUGGGUAUCUACCAGGGGUGGGACAGACGCCUUGAAGUGACGUUUUCAGAAGACUGUAGUGCCAUCUGUUAGUUGGCCCGAAAAUGAAAGCUUUGUCAGCUGUCACUCGCUUUGAAACCUUUCAACUUUUCUUUAUUUGUGUCACUGCCCACUGAUCAUAAAAUGGCUGCUACUUCUAGCGUUUGCGCAUGUAUGUAGCUUUCGUGUUCCAUUUUGCAUAUUUACACAACUAAAUCUAUCCUUUAUGUUCUAUGUUGUGACAAAAUUAGAUAACUAACUCUACGCGCAAUUUCAACAUGGUAAAAAAUUGCAAUACCUACAUUAAAAAGUAGAGUUAGUUAUUUAAUUGCGUCACAACAUUAAAAAUGAAUUUUAUAAUUUCGAGCUUAUAUAUAUAGUUAUUUUCGGGGCCAAUCUCCAGAUGGCGCUAGUUUUCAAAUAGACAGCUCAUAAUGCGGAGAGAGGGCUUUCUUUUCCCUUUAUAUUAUUAUACUCUUUGUUAUCUACUAGCGAGCAUGAUAUAAUAAUAUACCCCGCCUGGUAUUCUGUGCCCACGAUGGCCUAAGACUACGUACGAUAAGUGUUUUUUUUCUUUUUGUAUUCUGCGUCUUGGCAAUUUGUCUUUCAACAUUGACCCAAUAUGCUGACUGAAUAUGAUUGUAUUUAGGUGUUGUGUUAGAGAGGCUUUGCCAGUGAGAAGUCUCUCAAUCCUUGUCCACGAAUCUUGCUGCUAGUCCCUGAAUGCUGUGGCGCUUCAGCCUAGUGAAGUUAAGACUCCCAGAACCUUCAGAGGUUGAAUAGCUAGUUUAUUUUGUGACUGUUAACUACUGUACUGUACUCUGGUAGCUCCUACUGAAUUUUUCUAUUUCUUGCUUUAUAGUUUCUAGUUUUAUAUCUGCGUACAUUAGUUUGUUCCUAACAUGCCAAGGAAUAUUAAGCAUGUCUCUAAUUGUUUUGUUUUGGAAAGUUAGGUCCCAUUAAUUGUCCUUUACAGUAAAUGUAGGUACCCCCUCAUUGAGCUAAUGAAAAUUAAAUAAAUUACUAAGUAGCUUAACUAAUUAGUAAGUCGUUUGAUUCGUCUAUUUAGAUUUAAAUUUAUUUAUUUAAUUAUUAGUUCAUAAUUUCUUUAUUAAGGUAAAAACACCUUUUGCUCGGGUAAUUCAAUCACACACAAUCGCAAGACAUGGCAUUGACAAGUGUCAUACUGAUAGCUCGCUAUUUCAUCGCUAUUGUCGUCUCGCUCACAUCUCUCUCUCUCUCUCGUUGGUUUACUCGAAAAUAGUUUGAGCACAUUCAUAGUAAUUGAUGACGUAUUCUUAGGCCAAUCACGUGACGAGUAUAUUAUUAUACCAGGUUUGCGGGUAGUUUCCUAUUACCCAAAAUUAUUAUUAAAUAAUAUUAUUUAUUAAAUGAAAUAUAUUACGGCGAUCAUUUUAAUCUGUUGGAUUCUUAAUUAUUUAAUUCUUGAUUAUUUAAAAAUCUAAAGUGAAUUAUUUUUAUUAUUUGACUGAAUAUUCUGUGAUUCUCUUUGUAGGUGUAAUAUAUUAAAAUAUUUCAUACCUCAUCAACACAAACACACACACGUAAUUAUUUUUAAUUAACUAAACGUAACAAUUUUAUUCUAGUUAAGAUAUGAUAUGAUAGAAACGUGUAAAAAAAUUAUGAAUAAGAUUAGAAUAGUAAUUGUUUUGUAAUAACUGUGUAACACUUUUUAUAUUCGACACAAUAAUUUAAUAACACGGCUUAAUUCUUAUCAAAAAUAUAGUUUUUCUUUUGCAAUAUUAAAUACAAUUUAGCUGUUUGAUAAACUUAAAUAUCGUUAUUUUUUUUUUCAAAUUAAAUUUGUGUAAUUAAUCCUUGAAGUGGGGUUUAUCACUUUAAAAAAAAAUAAGAAAUUGCUUAGAUUUUAAAGAGCGACAUCUCAAGUCAAUUUCCUUAUAUAAAUAUUGGGGUUGAGCAGGUUAUCAACUGUUAAGUAGUAUCCUGUAGAUGAAGGCAGAAACUUGAGAGUUAAACAAGACAUAUUAAGAUUUAUGAACGUGACGUCACUCGACCGUUUGGCUCAGUGGAAGAGCACUCGCACGCAACGCGGAAAGUCGCGGGUCAAGUCGUUCAUAAAUUUUGUUUUUUUAUUUAUUCCAGAAGUGAGGCUUAUCAACUGUGAGGGUUAUCAACUGUGAAUUGAAAAUUGUUUAAACAUAAUUAUGUACCUGUACAGGAUAAAUUGAAUUCGGAGAAUAAUGACAAGACACCUACAUGUUGUUGAUUUCUUUUGAAUUAAAUAUAUUCAGUAAUUUUUGCUCGGACAUACAGACAGACAAAAAUUUUAUCAACCAGUUACUUUUUGGCUUCCAUAAUGGUUGUAGAAUACACAACAAGUAUUAUUUUUAAAUUAUUUAUAUUCUGUUUGAAAGACAAUAAGUCUACCUAUAUGCGAGUAUAAAAAUAAUUCCUACAUAGUAUGGGUGUAAUUAAAAUAUAGGUAAUUGACGGUAACUGCCAUAGUCGAAUUUUGAUUUAAUUAUAAGAUUUUAUCGGAAUUGAAUGUAAUAAAUAUAUUGUAUUUAAAAACUAUAUAGAUUUAGAAUUAUUAUAAAUAAGAUUCCACGGAAUAAUGUUAGAAAAAUUAUGUAAGCAUUUACAUCACUAGGUCUUUACAUUACAUCGGCUAUUAUAUUAUAGUCUCUCUAUGAAAAACUAGACUUAUAUGUAAUUUAAUCAAGAUUAAUUUAGUUAAAUAGCUUAUUACGAUUAUUUAAAACAGUAUGUUGAUGUUUUAGUAAAUUAUAUGUGAAAUUAUGUUGUAAAUUAUAUUUAAUUAGCUAAAAGCUACGAUUUCUUCAUAUAUAUAAUGUUACUGUUCAUGUUUAUUCUAUUCAAAUUUCUGUCUUAUUUAUGUUAGAAAGUACAAUCACUGUACCUGUAAAUUUUCCGUCGCAUUCUGUAGCCUAUAAUUACUAUCGCAUUAGAGUUAUCUUAGUUUCAACGGCAAGGCAGAUUUACAAAUUGGUAUGUGACAUUCCCAUGGUCCUCGGGCGAAUAGACUGGCAGUAGAGGGAGGUGGGUAUUUGAGAAAAGCGUCGUUGCAAUUGCGACACGCAUAAAUGGGCUAGUAUAACUGUUUUACUAAAGAAAUUUAAAUAGAACUUGUAAACGUCUGUAUCUGAAAGUGUUAUAAAACUAGAUAUCGGUCACCGUACCAUUCACCACUCGACUGAGCUCGCUACCGUUCUUAAUGUUACUAAUUUACUAUUCAUAAUUCGCCUCAAAAGAACACAGAACGUGACACUAUUCAUUACGUUUAACUAUUCUCCUGAAAGAUCACACAACGUGACUCUAUUCAUUAUAAGUGUAAGCAUUCUCCCGAAAGAUCACACAACGUGACUCUAUUCAUUAUAAGCGUAAGCAUUCUCCCGAAAUAUCUCACAACGUGACUCUAUUCAUUACAAGUGUAAGCAUUCUCCCGAAAGAUCACACAACGUGACUCUAUUCAUUAUAAGCGUAAGCAUUCUCCCGAAAUAUCUCACAACGUGACUCUAUUCAUUACAAGUGUAAGCAUUCUCCCGAAAUAUCACACAACGUGACUCUAUUCAUUAUAAGCGUUAGCAUUCUCCCGAAAUAUCUCACAACGUGACUCUAUUCAUUACAAGUGUAAGCAUUCUCCCGAAAGAUCACACAACGUGACUCUCUUCAUUAUAAGUGUAAGCAUUCUCCCGAAAUAUCUCACAACAUGACUCUAUUCAUUACAAGUGUAAGCAUUCUCCCGAAAUAUCACACAACGUGACUCUAUUCAUUAUAAGUGUAAGCGUUCUCCCGAAAUAUCUCACAACGUGACUCUAUUCAUUAUAAGUGUAAGCAUUCUCCCGAAAGAUCACACAACGUGACUCUAUUCAUUAUAAGCGUAAGCAUUCUCCCGAAAUAUCUCACAACGUGACUCUAUUCAUUACAAGUGUAAGCAUUCUCCCGAAAUAUCACACAACGUGACUCUAUUCAUUAUAAGCGUUAGCAUUCUCCCGAAAUAUCUCACAACGUGACUCUAUUCAUUACAAGUGUAAGCAUUCUCCCGAAAGAUCACACAACGUGACUCUCUUCAUUAUAAGUGUAAGCAUUCUCCCGAAAUAUCUCACAACAUGACUCUAUUCAUUACAAGUGUAAGCAUUCUCCCGAAAUAUCACACAACGUGACUCUAUUCAUUAUAAGUGUAAGCGUUCUCCCGAAAUAUCUCACAACGUGACUCUAUUCAUUACAAGUGUAAGCAUUCUCCCGAAAUAUCACACAACGUGACUCUAUUCAUUAUAAGCGUAAGCAUUCUCCCGAAAUAUCUCACAACGUGACUCUAUUCAUUACAAGUGUAAGCAUUCUCCCGAAAGAUCACACAACGUGACUCUAUUCAUUAUAAGUGUAAGCAUUCUCCCGAAAUAUCUCACAACGUGACACUAUUCAUUAUACGUGUAAGUAUUCUCCCGAAAGAUCAUACAAGGUGAAACUAUUCAUGACGUCGGCAUUCGGUCAAAAUAUCACGCUAUUUAUCAAGUAUAACCCGUCAGCAAUUCGCCCGAAAGAACAGAGAACGUGACGCUAUAUGAUAUUUUAAUGAAUUUGUUGAGCUGUCGCUUAUAAUUGUACUCUCGGGAGUUUUAUUGUAGUCAAAUUAAUUAAAACACAUAAUUAGUGUUGAGAGCACGGGUGGUAUAUUAUAUAAAAUAUUACCAAUUUAAAAUUAAUUAUUUUUAUUAAAUUUAACAAAUAUAUAAAUGUUAAUGAAAUUUUUCCUUCACUUAGUUCCUAUUCGUUUAAUUGCAGCGAUCAUUAAAAUAAUUUGACAAACACUGAUUGUUCGAUUGUUUUGCAAUAUAAAAAACAUAGUCUUAAGGUACUUAAGUAUCUGUUUAAUUUUAAUCGCCGAUAUAUAGAAAUAACUAUUGUUAUUGAUGUAAUGUAGCAAAUAUUAUAUUAAUAUGUAGGAUUGAUUAUUAUUCUAAGUGUAAUAAAAUAAUAUAUUUUAAAAUAAUACUCUGUGAAACACCAAUUCUGGAAUUUUCUAUUCUUACUGUUCAUAAGUAAAACUACCAAAAUAUUUUCUCCAAUAGUAUAACGAAUUUUACCACAUAUUGCAUGUUUUGAAAAUUGUUCCAAUAUCUAGUACUUACAUAAGUAGUAAAAUAUACAAAUAUUUAUA